AUGCCAGAACGUAAUCUUGAAAACAAAUAUCGGCAAACGAAACGAGGCAACUUGGAGCGUGCGCACCAACAUAGCCUCGAUUACUUCUCUGGGAGGUUGGUUAUGGACGACGUCGUGUUUUGUGAAGGACACGAUGUAUGGACUAACGACUUUGAAAAAAAUCGGAUUUUGACCCGUGGCGUCAUGGCUGCUUGCGAAGGUAAAUUGGAUUGUCUCUUUUUUGACAAAAGCGCUUCGCAUAAGUGAUCAUCAAAAGCCAACCGUGAAAUACGUCACCUUGUUUAGCUAUCCGUGCUGUGCAUCAAUACACGUUUGCUGCUAAAUGUUGCCUAAGGCAGAGCAAAACGACUGCUUGCUAUACUGACUGUAGCGUAAAAUUGAUCGCUUUACUGAUCACUAUGGCCUUCGUCCGCCACCCUGAAUGCAUACCUGGAGAUCAUAUUGAAUCCCCUGUCGUGCGUCUGCGUUAACUAAAAACAAUGUUUUCUAGCGUUGGCAAUAUAAUUUAUGGUUACUAUUUAGUUUCUAGAUGAUUAGGUGUGGAGUCCGGCAGCCGUCUGGGAUAACCGGGCAGCCCUGUUCAGGGAUGCGUUGCCUGCCCUCGCGAGGGGGAGGGGGCUAGAAAAGGUGCCGUAAAGAUCGCUGGGAACCAAGCUGUCUGUAGGCUGGCCGUGGCCGCAGACAAAAAAACACGGUCGAAACAGCCAAAACCGAAAUAACAAAAACAGCAAUCACACUCUUCCUCUUCCAGCUUAUUCUUCUUCUUCUUCUUCUUCUUCUUCUCCUACUCCUACUUUUCGCCGCUGCAGUCGCCAGACUGGCAGGGUGAGCCCGCUCACUCUGGCAGCCUGGAAUGUUCGUUCCCUUUUAGACAAUCCGAGGAGAAACCGACCGGAACGGAGGAAGGCGCUAGUGGCACGAAAACUGGCGCGCUACAAGGUGGACAUCGCCGCACUCAGCGAGACCCGGUUCUCCGAACAAGGCCAACUGGAGGAGGUGGGUGCCGGCUACACCUUCUUCUGGAGCGGUCGACCCAAGGCAGAGCGACGGGACGCGGGUGUCGCCUUCGCCAUUCGGAACGACAUCGUAGGACGACUGCCCUGUUUGCCGCAGGGCAUCAACGAUCGCCUGAUGAGCCUCCGCCUGCCUCUCUGGGGAGGCAAAUUCGCCGCCAUCAUCAGUGCCUACGCUCCGACGAUGACCAACCCCGACGCCGUCAGGGACAAAUUCUACGAGGACCUGCGUGCCCUCUUGGCGACUGUGUCAAAGGCGGACAAGUUGAUUGUCCUUGGUGACUUUAACGCCCGCGUCGGCACAGACCAUACUGCCUGGAGAGGAGUGCUGGGUCCCCACGGUCUACGCGGCUCAAACGACAAUGGUCUGCUGCUUCUCCGCACCUGCGCAGAACACCGCCUCAUCCUGACGACCACGUUCUUUUGUCUGCCGGAGCGAGAGAAGGCCACCUGGAGGCAUCCUCGGUCGCGCCAGUGGCAGCUGCUGGACUAUGUCCUCGUCCGGAGGCGAGAUCAGCAGGACGUGCUGGUGACGAAGGCGAUCGCGGGUGCUGACGGGUGGACCGACCAUCGCCUCGUCAUCUCGAAGAUGCGUAUUCGCCUACAGCCUCGCAGGAGACCACAAGGUAAACGACCCCCAGGUAAGCUGAAUGUUGCCUUGUUGUGUUUGCCCGCUCACCAUCUUAAUUUCAGCAAUGAGCUAGCUCAACGGCUAGACAACCUUCCUAUCGCUGCCGCCGACGACGCCGCCGCCGCUGCCGAGAACGCCUCCGUGGAGAACCGCUGGUGUCAGCUGCGAGACACGGUCCAGUCGACGGCGCUCGCCGUCCUCGGUCGCGCUCCCCGCCAACACCAGGACUGA